UCCUAUGGAAGGCCUUAGGUCUGUCAUUUAAUCUGACGUGUCUUGAUUCUAGGAUAUCUCAUGAAAAGAUGACAGAACAGAAAGAUUUAUCAAACAAUCCAUUUGCAGCUUUGCUGACUGGUGGAGAUGUGCCCUAUAGCUUCCAGUCUUCUAAGGAAGAACAGGAAACUCCUGAAUCACAACCAGUGAUAGCAGUAGAAAUGAAAGCUGAUGACUGGAAAUCUGUGGCAGAGUACAAACUAGAAAUCAACAAUCUCAUAGAAAAUAUUUUUCUACUAACUUUUGAAAAAGACCCUGAAGCAUAUACAGAAAGACCACCUAGAUGUGUCUUUAUGACAGAUUUAGCACAAACUUUAGAAGGACAAACAUGGCUAGAUACGGACUGCUUAGAACAAGCUGUAUUUGAGAGAUUACUUAUGAAAGACCCAGGAUUAUAUAUAGUAUCACUAACAUCAGCUAAAACAGAAGAUGCUGAGUCAGCAAGAAUGGCGGGAGAAUCUCAAGUUUUACAUUACCUGUAUCAGUGUUAUGUUAGAGUAAAGAACAUGGAAAGUCAAAAUAAGAGUCCAAAGAUGAAAUCAGAAAUGAAUAAAUGCAAGGCAGUGAUUGUAAUGAAUGCUAAGACCUGUCUACAACAACCAGAUUUAUAUGAACAGAACCUGUCAAAACAGUUUGUUGAUAUUUAUCAGUCAGAGGACAGUUUCUUAUCAUCAUAUAGUCAUGUCAUUAUGGUGGAAUUUUUUGAUAGAGUUGUGGAAGAGAUAAAUAAAAGUAAAGAAGAUGGUUCAUUGAAUGAUGUAUUUAAACCCGUUCUAGAAUCACUGAAGAACAGUAUGAUGAAAGAUAGCUCCUUGAUAAACCCAAAUGUUCUCAGGAAUAUAGAUUUUAUGGCAUUUUUUACAAGAAACCCUGAAAUGGCUAAGGUACUGCUGGACCACAGUGCACCAAGAGAUUGGAACAAAGGAAAGACCUAUGAACAGACUUUACUAGGCUCAUUAUUCUGCUUUAGUUCUAUACCAAGGUCAGAACUUGGUCCAUGUGAUUUUUUUGCAGAUCCAGCAUCAAAAUCACAAAGAGAUAUUGAUGCUAUUGAAAACAGUAUUCAUCAGCCUUUGACAAGAGUAGGAGAUAAAGUUCAUACCUUCUUCCUAAAUUUGAUCAAAUCAUCCCCACAUGCAAAACAUAAUACACUACUGUGGAUUGGUAGAUGUAUAUCUGCUAACUCAGGUAAAUCUAAGAUUUGGUCAGCUCAGAUGCCUCAGUUAUUUAAUCAGAUGUAUGCUUAUGAUGGAUUUUGUUUAAAUUUAUGUUAUUUAAUGUUAAAACUGUCUGUGCCUUUCUCUGAACCACAGUGUGACAAACUUCUUAAAGUACAACCCAGUUAUUGUUCUGUGGAAGUAAAUGACAACGACAAGAGCCAACAGAAAAAUAUUCAUGCUUUUGGGUUGAAUAAAGAGACCUGUUUAAUACCAAUGGCAGAUAAUGAACAUUUGGAACCUUUAGAAUCUUAUAAUUUUAUAUCUGAGUGUUUUUUCUUGACUCAUCAAUGUUUAAAUAUGGGGUUCAAACCUUUGAAUGAAAAGUUUGUAAAACUAAAUCAAAGUUUAGGAAGAAUACAACGUUUAUACCAGGAUGCUACAAAUCAGGGAGGAAAUGAUUCAAUGGAACCAGUCAGACAGUUGAAAAGUAAAAUGGAAGAAGGAAUGACUAUUUAUUUAAGUAUUAGGGCAGCUGUAACAGAACCGAAAUUUUUAGAAAUGUCUUUGAACUUUCACAUAGCAACUGCAACAUGGAUGUCUCUUGUUUCUGUUAGGGACAACCCACAAUGCUUUAGUGAUAUCAAACUUCCUCUUCCUGAUGAAGCCCCAAAAUGUCUAGCCUGCAUUCCAGAAUUUAUUAUGGGAAAUAUUACAGACUUUACACAAUUUCUGCAUAGAUUUAAAGAUCAAGUCUUUGAGUUUGUUGGUGAGAAACUAAGCCAUUUUAUGACAUUGAUAUUGGUAUAUAUGGGUAAUCCAGAUCGUAUGAAGAACCCGCAUUUGAGAGCAGAAUUAGCUGAAACUUUAGCUAUGUUGUUACCUAGUGAACAAACCCAGAACAGAGCUCUAAUGUCAAGGUAUUACAAAGGACAGUUAUUUGUACAGCAUCCAUUAAUUGACCAUUUGGCAGAAAAGUUACUACAUGUAUUUGUUAGUAUAGAGAUGACAGGCCAAAGUGUACAGUUUGAACAGAAAUUCAAUUACAGAAGACCUAUGUAUCAAGUACUAGAACAUAUAUGGGAAAUAGAAUCACAUAAAAAUGCCAUUAAGAGUUUAUCCCGAUUUGCAGAAGAGAAUAUAGAAGCAACAGAUGCACCUUUGUUCCUGAGAUUUAUAAAUCUCCUCAUUAAUGAUGCUAUCUUCCUGCUAGAUGAGGCAUUAGAUUACAUGAGUCAAAUCAAAGAAAAGGAACAAGCCAAAGAACAAGGAGAAUGGACCAGUAUGACACCCGAACAAAGACAGGAAGCUGAAAUGAGUCUACGACAACUUAGUAUGAUAGCUCGUUAUCACAAUGUCAUGGGAAAUCAUACUAUACAUAUGUUAGAACUAUUGACUAGGGAGAUCAAAUCUAUAUUUUGUCAUAAUUCCAUGGUUGACCGAAUCUCAGGAAUGUUGAAUUACUUCUUGGUCAAUUUAGUUGGACCAAAACAGAGAAAUUUCAAAGUAAAAGACAAAGAUGAAUAUGAGUUUAAACCUCAACAGACAGUAUCUGAUAUAUCACAGAUAUAUCUCAACCUAGAGGAGGAUGUAAACUUUUGUAUUGCUGUUGUAAAUGAUGGAAGAUCUUACUCAGAUGAUCUCUUUCCUAAAGCUAUUAAUGUUCUCAAGAAAAUACAUAAACCUGCUUCAAUGAUAGAAAAUAUGGAAAAUCUUCAUUCCAAAAAUCAGAAACUAAGAUUACAGCAGAAAGCAGAUGAAGAACUAUUUGCUGAUCCUCCUGAAGAAUUCUUAGAUGAAAUUAUGGGAACUUUAAUGAAAGAUCCGGUGAUAUUACCUUCUUCAAGGAACAUUGUAGACAGAUCUACAAUAGCUAGACAUUUGCUCAGCGAUCAGAAUGACCCAUUCAACAGGGAGGCAUUAUCAUUAGAUAUGGUUAUACCACACACAGAACUUAAGGAGAAGAUUGAAGCCUGGAAAGAAGAACAUCGAAAGAAAAGUUGAUAGUUGAUAAAUAGAACUGAAAGACAAAUAAGAAGAAUUCCAGAAUGUUGAAUGGUUUAGCACUGUCUACAAGAAUAUGAAACCAUAUAUUUUCUGUGAUAGAUACAUUCAUUAAACUUGUAUUGUCAUAAUUGUAUGUUUGUGCCAUGAGGAGAAAGAAUAUUGGAAAUUUAUUAAGAAAAUAUCCAUUAAGAGAAGAAUGUUAUUCAGUUUAAUUGACUGGGUUUAUUUGCAAUUCCAUUAUGUAAGCACUUGAGGUAGUGUUAAUCUCAUAAAAAAAAUGUGGAUUAUUGGGUAAUAAUCAUGCUACAAAGUCUUUCCGCUGACAUCCAUGGUGUUUUAAAUCUUUGACACCAUACAUUACAUUUUAAAGGUUUAAAACUCAUACAAAAUACAACCAGUAGCUCAUGUUCAAAAACAUGCAUGAAAUAUUUGCCACUGGACGUUUAGCAACCAACAAUCAAUCAGACAUCAUGUUCAAAAAGAAAGGUUUUAUUAUAAACAACAUCAUGUGUCUAAAUAUUUUUUUUCAGAUUCACUUAAAAGAUAUUUGUCUAAGUUUAAGGUUGUUUCCAAUUUUACGUCUCACUUGAAGUUGUACUGCAAUUUGCUGUCAUCAUUUUUGUCAUUUAUUUGUGAACACAUGUGAUAAUAUUUUAAUGAUUUCAAUGAAAUUUAUAUACAAUGAACUUUAAAACAUUAUAAAAUCACGUUGAUAAUUCUAGUCAUAUGGGUUCAAGAAUCAGCAGUCACUGUUACAAGUUUAGUUGAUUGUUUUUUAUGGUUGAAUUAGGAUCUAGAAAAAUUGAUAAAGGGACUAGCUAAAUUCAGAUUUUUUUUAUCAUUUUUAAGGAAUUUGUCCCAAAAGCAAUACACUAGUUAUGUCUUAAAUAUUUAAGAGCCACAGUUUUGCUUAGGAUUUUCAAGUAACUUAAUUCAGACUACAGGGCUAUUGGAAUGAUCAAUAUGUAUUAUAUCUUUUAUGUUAAGUGUAAAAAAGAUUAGUUUUGUCCAUCAAAGGAAGCAAUUAUCUCUAUCAUACUAUCAUAUCAGACUCAUGAGGCAUGUUUAUCAUUUUUAAAUUGUAGUUUCAUGAUCUUAAUAGCUGCAAGGAUUUGAAUCUGUAUCAACAACAGUAAAUUGCUUUUACUUGCUUUAUAAAUGCAAAAAGAAAAUUAACAAAGAAAAGUGUUAUUUUUACAUUCUUGUUAGGUAUGAAGAUGAUACAACCUGUGCCAAGGCAGUUAACAAUGAUAAACUCCAACUAUGCCAAGGCAGUUAACAAUGAUAAACUCUUUAACUAUUGAUUAAAAACAGAGGAAAAGAAAGACGGCAUUGAAUAACUAAAAUAAAAUACAUGAAAAAAUAUAAUAUGUAGUUUUACGCAUUAAAUAUUUCAAAUACUUCUGAUUUUGUUACAUAUGUAUAUUUGUUUUAUUUAAUAUAUCUUGUUAUAACUUUUUAAUUGUUAUUUUUUUGUUAAUCCAUAUCAUAUGUUUUAAAUUGUACAAUCAUUUGCUUGUUUGUUUCUUAUUCAUAUGAAUCAUGCAAUAUUCAAAACCAGUCACAUCUAGGAAAUUAGGUAGUUAACUUAAACCAUUCAUCUUUUAACAUAAUUUUCUUAACUUGUUUUGUGGAUAUGUCCAAAGAGCCUUAUUUUAAACCAUUCAGGUAUGAAAUAUUUAAAUCAUGCAAAAAGGGUGCAAAUCAUAUGAUUUUGAUCAUUAACGUUGGUGUCAAGACACUACUUGCAAGAAAAAAAAAAGGUUGAUAGCUGAUUUUCUGUAUUGACAGAAGAGAUUGUGUUUUGUAUUCUGUAAAUGUUAGUACAAAAGGUAUAUGUUUUCAGUGUUCUUACUAGCACCUUCUAUAAUCAGGGUACUCAGUAAUUUUUUACAGAUUUGUUAAAAGUUGUUAAAUAGAUUGUUUCCCAUCAUACUUAAGUAUCGAGAUAAAGAUUCCAUUCUAUAAUCAGUUGUAUGAUUUAGAUGUGUUUAUUUUUCUUUCACUCCUGGAGGCAAGACAUAAGUUUUACAUAUUUGGCUUUAGCUUUGUCAACAUCUUAUGCCAAGUUUUCCAAUCUUGUCCUUUUCAGAAUUGGUUCUAAAGAUAGAUCAAUGAAAUUUAGUAAACAUGUCAUCUAUAUAGUUUAAAUUCAAGAAGAAUGUCAGGCCCUCAUUAUGUUCCACUAACGUUACAGUUUGUUACGUUUAUGCCUAAUUAUCAAGACUAUGAAGAAGUACUUGAUCUAUGUUACCCUGUAUUUUGAUGUAGUAGCAACUAUGCAUUUCAAUUACAAGCCCUUGUUUCUUGGCUGUUAAAUGUUUGAUUGAUCAAAUGAAAUGAUUACUAAUUAAUUAAGUAAAUAAAAAGAAGUUCUAACAAAUCAAAGAAGGGUGUCAAAUUCAUAUAAAUUCCUUAAAUUUCCAUGCAUAUACACAAUGUAUAUGAUAUUUCAUAGUCAGUCAAAUUGAUAUUUUUUCUAAAUCUUUUAGAAAACAAGAUGAGACAUAUCUCUGUGUUAACAGUUUUAUUUGCAAUAUCUUUAAAUGAACUAAUUUCAUAGUUAUUUCUGAUAUUUGUACAUGUUUGUUUUCUAAGGUUUGUUUUGCAGAAUAGUGUAAAAUUUAAUUGUAUACCUGAAAAUAUCAACUGUGCAAAACAUUUGAAUAAAAUCAUUUAAUAUCUCAAGAAGAAGA